UAUCACCUAUCGACGUCGCGGUGCUAUCACGGUUCUACGCCCAUUUGCUGAGACGCCGGGUGGACCGCCAUUCCUCGCGGGUUCUGCUUAUCAAGCACCGAGAUAACGCCCAUCUUAUAUGACGCCCAUCGCCGCCUACCAUCGAGCCCGCCAUGAUUCAUGUCAUUCUCCCCCAACCGCUGACCCAACAGACUACCAACUGGUCUGGAGGCAGUCUAGGUGAAUUCCAACCACCUCAUCGCAAUCAUGGUUCAUUCGAUGCUGUCUCCUCCGCUGGAUCUGUCUCAUCACUUCUCCUCGGUUACCAAGAGACGUGAGGCCAGUGAAACUAAAAGCCUGUAUAAGUACUUCUUCAUCCCGGGCAUUGCAAACUUGGCCGGUGGCCUGCCAAAUGCGUCAUUCUUCCCUUACGACACUCUCGAAGCCACCGUUGUCCAUCCGGAGCGUUUUUCCACUACCCCCGACAAUGACCAGACCAAGAACCCCGGUUACUCCCAUUCAACGGAGCGGAGAAUCGUCCCGAAAGAAAGCCCAACCACCAACCUCCUGAAGAAAAUCGAUCUUACCACAGCCCUGCAGUAUGGAACUGCGGAAGGCCUUCCAGUCAUGGCUGAUUUCAUCCGGCAGUUCACACGCGACCACCUUCACCCUAACGUUCCCUAUGCUGGGGGCCCCAGCACCCUUCUCACUUGCGGUUCGACCGACGGUUUCGCCAAGGCCAUUGAAACCUUUUCCAGUCCCUGGGAUCCGCGUCGGGACUGGAUCAGUCAACGUGAAGGCAUCCUCUGCGAGGAAUUCGUAUACAUGAAUGCAAUUCAAACGGUGAACCCACGGGGUCUCAAUGUUGUUGCAGUAGCCAUAGACGCGCAGGGCAUGCUUGCGUAUGGUAAGGGCGGAUUGGCCGAUGUCCUCGAGAACUGGGAUUUCAAAAAAGGCCGCCUUCCGCACCUGAUGUAUACAAUCACGAUCGGCCAGAACCCGACGGGCGGAACCUUAUCGGUUGAGCGCAGAAAAGAGAUUUAUGCUCUCUGCCGACAAUAUGACAUCAUCAUCAUAGAAGACGAUCCGUACUGGAACUUGCAGUAUCCCUCUGCCGCGGCUAUGCAGGCCCAGUAUCGAGGAUCAACUGCCGUAGAUGUAACCCCGCGCAAUUACAACGCCCAUGGCAGGUCGUCCGGAUACGAUUUUCUGGAUUCCUUGGUGCCAUCGUAUCUCUCCGUCGAUACGGAUGGGCGCGUUGUGCGCCUCGAUACGUUCUCCAAGACGAUAGCACCUGGCUGUCGUCUGGGUUGGAUUACGGCCCAGCCGGCUAUCAUCGAACGGCUGACUCGCCUCACGGAGACGUCGACUCAGCAACCAUCCGGAUUUGUACAAGCCAUGGUGGCCGAGUUGAUUGUGGGUCAGCAGGUCGAAGACGGUCAGAAGAAUAAAAACAAGAAGAGCGAGCAAGCCUGGCAAAUGACUGGCUGGGUUCGUUGGCUGGAGGGGCUCCGCGCAGGAUACGAGCAGCGCAUGCAGGCGAUGUGCUCGAUCCUCGAAGAGGGCAAGUAUGCUAUCAACACCGGCAGUGCAUUCGACGAUACACACUCCGUCGCCGAUGAGGGCGCCUGGGAAGUUCUAGACAAGAUUCAGAUGUACGAGUUCUCCUGGCCCACCGGGGGCAUGUUUGUUUGGGUCAGGGUCUGCAUCGAGACACACCCCUUGCUCCAAAAGUACGGUCAGAACAAAUUGAUCCAGGCCUUGUGGGUGCAUUUGAUGCAGAAGCCGUACCUGUGUCUUUUGGGACCCGGAACCAUGUUUGCACCUACAUCAGAGACUCUGGAGCGGGCACAGGGGUAUUACAGAUUGUGCUUUGCGGCGAUGCCAGCCGAGGAUGUGCCGGAGAUCAGCCAGCGGUUGGUGGAUGGAUUCCGCGCAUUCUGGCAGCGGAAGGAUCUAGACGGCCUAGAUGACGAUGACGAGGUAGCCCUGAAGAAGCUGCGGGCCGAAAGUUCAGCGAACUUGUUGGGAGUGGGUUACUAAGACGGGUUGGAUAUCCGAUAAUCUCUAGUUAUAUAUUCGAGGACAUUUGGGACAUCAAGACACAAAUCACA